UUUUGAAAAUUGUGUAAAACGACGAAAAAACAUCACCAUUUCUACGCCGUUUUGCGAUUUGACCAAAGGAACUAACCUGCAAAACCCUAAACCCUCUUCUCUCUCUCUCUCUAAGAUCGAUCAUACAUGAAAAUUGAAGUUGCAGAAAAUCACAUCGAAGAAUAACCUAACAACAAACAUGAGAAAGAAGCUUCUCAUCACACUCUCCUCCUUCCGCAAAAUCCACAAUUUCACCCCUAAAUCCAAUCACUUGUCUUUUGAGGGUGGAUCAUCAAAGUUGCAGUGGCGUGGAUGGUCACAUGCUGCUGCUGCUGCUGCUGCUUGUGUUCCUUCAGAGACUGAAGAUAUCCGUCCGCGGAAAAACGGGUCGAGGGUUUCAAAACAUGAACGGAGAGCUAUGGUGGAGUCUUUUGUGAAUAAGUAUAAAUCAGAGAAUGCUGGAAAAUUCCCAGCAAUAAAAUAUACCCAGAAAGAAGUUGGUGGAAGUUAUUAUACUGUUCGGGACAUCAUUCAGGAACUAAAAUACAAGUCCAAAGUGAAAUCUUUAAAUAGCACGGAUGAGAUAUUAGUUGAAAAAGUAUUAGAUGAAAGUAAACUUAAAACUGCUGAAUCCGUGAAUGUUUCAUCUGAAAAUAUUGAGACUGCCAAAGACAGGCCUAUCCAAAAGGAUUCUCAGUCGGUACUUUUAGAUGACAAAGAGGCCGUUAACACUUGUUGUGAGCUUGAAGAAAAGAGAGGGCCACAGACUUUCUCUCAGGAGGGAAGGUUGUCUUAUGAAGUCGAAACCAUAUCUACAACAGUAAGUAUUGAUAAGAGAAGGGAGCAACCUGCCUUGGAAGACAUGUAUGGCAAAGCUUCCCAUUCUAAUUCCGAGGUGACAAAUGACGUCAAGAGUGAUGAAACUGUAUCUAGUUGCCCUUCUGAUUAUGUUGCACCUGAAAUACACCUGCUGAAAGAAGAAAUAGAACAGGUUUCUGCUCCAAUAGUUGAAAAAUCUGGCAGUAGUUGCAGCAAAGAUCAUAUCCAUGAUUCUAAGUCUGUAGAUAUAAAAAACCAUCCAACAAUCAAGAUUAAAAGUUUUGACAAAGCAGGACUUGAGAGAAAAGUGCAAGAUGGUGCACAAGACCUUCCUGUUGUGGAUAGUCCACAGCAUAUAAAGGAGCAAUCUCAAGAGUCUUUGAAAUUGGAUGAGUCAAAAAUUGAUGGCUCUAACAUGAGGGAGAGCAGUGUCGCAGUUGCAUCAGACAAAUCAACUUUGUGGGGAAAUCUGAAGUCAUUUGCAGAUGGCGUCUUAAACAUGUGGAGAAAGUUAUGAAGCUUUGUGAACUUCUAUGCUGCAGCUUGCAAGCACUUCAAUAUUUUUGCAACUCUGAUGGUAUGUGUAUGGUUCAUGAGAUGCAUGACUUAGUCAUUACCUGGCAUCCUUCCUGCAAAUUCUAUUAUCUUUCUUGCUAACAUUCAACAUCUUAGCCAAGUUUCUUUUGUGCUCCAGCUUGCUGCACUUUUUCAAAUGGAAAACAUUUGAAAGAGUUUGUAGUUCCACUAUUCCAUUGCCUCCAUUUAGGGUAAACUCAAAAGCACUUUGAUUACCAAUUGAGUAAAUUAGCUUCACAUUGUAAAUGAUUUGUGAACAAUAGAAAAGGAAAUUCAUGAUGUUGCAAUUUAAUCCCCUACUCAAAUUGUUUUCAUGGAUUACAAUGUUUACAUAUGAGUUUGAGCUGAUGAGAAAGGUGUGAAGGGUGCAAAGCAGCCAAGGUCAGUUGUCACAUCUAUUUGUGAUUUUGCAUUUUAGAGAGCAUUGGAAGAAUAUUCAACUUGAGAGUAUAACUGAUUUUCAAGGAAUGCUAUUUUCAUCCCACGGAAUUGAAGACUCAGAUAGAGGAAUUGAAGAUGGUAGGGUUUUAUGAAAUGUAUUUUUUUGAACUUCAACAUUAGGUAUAAUGGUUAUCCGUCAUCCUAAUUAUACUUUAAUCCAUGCUAACUUGCAAAGCAUUAUCAUGAUAUUCUGUACUUAGAAUAGAAACUACUGUUAUUUUCGGGGUUAAAUCAAAAGUUAACAUAGAUGCUGAUAAUGCUGCUUAUUUUCGUCACUUUGUGCAUUCACAUUAAAACCUUUGAUGUAAUUGGCAUCCCAUCUGCCAUCUCUGAAAUGUUUUCAAGGUUGCCAGAUUAGAAUGUGAUGUUCAACAUUUAUGUCAGGACUGCCUACCAUACGUUCCAUCCACAAGCUGCUGAAUGUGUGCUGUGUAUGAAUUGGUUAACAUUCUUUUAUCCUUUAAUAUUUAAAAAUAUGCUAAUAGUUAAUA